CGGUGCAGGCCUGAUUGCGCCGGCGGUGGCCUGUGGGCGCACGGGAGCUCGCUUGUAGCUGCAUGGUGUCGAUUUGGGUCGAAUCUUGAUUUGUGUCUUUGUGGCUCGAUCUGUUUCAGGCACGGCCAUGGAUCUGGAAGGGAAGAUCUGCAAGCUGGCUGCACGUGCAGCGGCCACCUCGCCGGCGCUGGUGAGGAAGGCUGUGGGGGGGCACUGGAGCGCAGCAGCGCCGCCCGCGCGGCCGCCGACGUCCUGAUCUAUCAGUUCCUGUCCGCUGUCUUCAUCUUCUUCGCGACCGGCUUCUUGAACCUCGUCGCGGUCGAGGCCUGCGGCGGGAAGAACUGCACCGUCGUCUCCAUCCUGUUCGCGCUCUCGUAAACUUCCGGCAUGAUCGCCCUGCUUCUCUUAGCGCCGGCGUGCGUGCUCUUCUUCCUGCGCGCCGCGUGCAGCAGCAGCGACAGCGAGGUCAAGGAAGAGAAUGAGGUCGAGGAUCGCUCUGAGAUCUUCCCGUGGCCCCUGAUCUGGCCGGUGCAAGGGUUCAUCACCGUGGCGACGUUGGCGGCACCCAUCGCCUUCGUUCUUCAGAUGUGUGGAUUUCGAGAGGCUUCUUACUUAAUCUGCGUCGCGGCUGUGUUGUGCUCGGUCCUACUCCUCGCCCUCUUCUACAUCGCUGCUGCCGUGGCGAUCUGGAGGAUGAGUCCUCAACAGCGCAGCAUCGCUGGCAUGCUCAGGAUGAGUCUCAGGCUAGCGACUAACAAGGUGGCGGAGUAGCCCAGCUUCACCUACGUACUCAGGUGCACAGGAAGAAUUUCGAGGUGGCCGCAGAAGAUGAUGGAGAUCGAGUACUACUAUACUACUACCAGUGCAGGAGUGCUUCUGUUUCCUAGCUACUACUACGGUACUACCUAUAUAUGUUGCUCUUGUGAACAAUUAAGAGAUGGACAUGUCGAUCGUGUGAUGCGUAGUUAUGUAGUAUCUAGUAGUAUAUAACUUAGUCUCAGUAAGCUUGAUUCGAUGCGAGGUCAGAGCUGUCACUAUGGCUGUUUGGUUAAUAAUAUGAAGUCUGAA